AUGGGCAGAGAACAAAAAAUGGACAUAUUUUGGUGUCUAACACACAGGACGCUACCUCUGGGAUGCAAAUUAGCUCAUGUAUCACCCACUGAGAACGGGGAAUGCCCACACUGCCAAGGAACACCACAAACUAUAGAACAUUUUGCAUCAGAGUACAACUUAAGCAGAAGAAUAUGGAACAUUUUAUAUACCAGAAUAUCCCUCUCGGGAAACAUACCUCCACCAAAUUCAUUAGAUGAAAUUUUGCAACUUAGCAAUAUAACAGAGCCCAAAAUAAGACCCGCAAUAAGGCGGUUACAUGUCUUCGGAAUCUACGAAAUAUGGUUAUACUAUACACAAUCCAAGUGGGGAUCUUCCGUAAUUCCGGAGCUAGCUAUCCCCUUCAUCACCAGAAACUGGCUAGUCAAAGCCCUAGGCAUCUUAUGGAGAACAGAACAGGGUAAUAAUAAAGAGAAAAGAAGCAUAUUAGAGCAUAUAAAUAUGUAA